AAACAAAUGACACCGGGUCACGUGACAGUGCGGAAGCAGCGGCCAAACAAGCAACAAGAUGGCAUCGCCGAUGGGAGGAGGUGAACCAGGUGCUAAUAGCGGGACUAGUAAAGAGCAGAUACUGGAAGUGGGAACUGUUUUGCUAAAGGAUUUCAUCUAUGAGCGGGUCCGUCGGCAUGGUGACAGCAACGCUGUAGUGACCCGGGCACAGCUGGAUGUGGGAGAGCUGUGUGACCCAAACCACAAGAAGCUUGCUCAGUGCCUGCAGCAGAUUGGAGAUGAGCUGGAUGGCAAUGUACAGCUCCAGAGCAUGAUAAAUGAUUCUGCGCUCAUCCCGACAAAAGACGUUUUCAUGAAAGUUGCCAUUGAGAUCUUUUCUGAUGGAAAGUUCAACUGGGGCAGGGUGGUGGCACUCUUCUACUUUGCCUGUCGCCUGGUAAUCAAAGCUGUGGUGACCCAAGUUCCCGAUAUCAUCAGAACCAUUAUUUCUUGGACCAUGGACUACCUGCGAGAAAACGUGAUCAACUGGAUCAGGGAUCAAGGUGGCUGGGAGGGAAUUCGUUCCCACUUUGGUACUCCCACUUGGCAGACGGUGGGAGUUUUCUUGGCUGGCGUUCUCACCACUGUUCUGGUCAUUCGCAAGAUGUAACGACAUGAAGAGCAGACAGGGGGAAGAUGGGAAGGACUGCGAGGGAGGCAAAUUGGGAUGGGAACGAAGGCAUCAUGAAGGAAUAUUCUGAGGACAAAAGAGAAGUUAUGGUAGAUGGAGUGAGUUGAGAUGGAAGAGCUGGCGUUUGGAUGUGAGGAACCACUCUCCCAUUCAUGUCAAAGGACUGGGAGUUAUACGGAACGGUCAUAGCCUUGAUCCCUUUGCCACUGAGGAUGUGAGCGGUGCAUAAUAACACGUGCACGACAAAGUGGAGUGCAGAGAUGCAGACAGACUCGGCCAGGGCACAAUUUUUAAUUAAUUUAUUUUUUAGUUGGUAUAAACAAUUCACUACAUACUUUUUUACUGCCUGAAUUGCUGAAAGAUAUAUGGACUGAAUAUUUUUUUUCUCAGCUUACCCUAAAGUUGAGAUGCACUUCAUUUUUCAUUGCACUUUUCUAUUUGCUUGAGUCUGCUUUUUCCAGGUUCUCAUCCUCUCCAUCUCAUCAUGGUAUCUGUAUGCUAGAGUAUGCAUUUUUGCAUGUGUCUGUGAGUGUUCACCUGUGUAAUUCUGUAAUGGUCUUCUGGCACUAGAAGUGUUUGUUGAGGGUUGUCAGACUUUAAAGACCCUAUAAAAUAAAAAA